AUGCCGUUCGUCCCCUUUGUCGAAGUUAACAACCACCGUUGCACCACAGUGUUUGGUUGUGCCAUCAUUGCUGACGAGACGGAAGGGACAUACGUGUGGCUGCUGCAGACAUUUAUGAAGGCAAACUGUCAGGUGAAGCCAAAGUCAAUAAUCACAGACGGUGACGCUGCAAUGAUCCGGGCUAUUCGGACUGUCCUUUCAGAUGUUUUCCAUCGUCUUUGCUCCUGGCAUAUCGAGAAAAAUAUGCAGAGGCACCUGCAUUACAAGUCACUGGAUGAGUUCAGAUCUCUCCUGUACUAUGCCACCUCUCAAGCGAACUUUGAGCAGAGAUGGAAAGCUUUCUAUGAUAAGUGGAAGACGGAUAGAACUGAAGAGUGGCUUGACAGGAUGUACAGGAAGAGGAGACUUUGGGCAGCUUCAUAUCUUUCCGAUGGUUUUUUCCUUGGUAUGCGAAGUAACCAGAGGAGUGAAAGCCUCAACUCCUGCCUUCACCUUCACCUGGACUACGGUAUGACAAUUGUUGAUUUGGUGGUGCAUUAUGAGAACUGUAUAGUUUGCCUGCGUGAGAACGAGGCGUACGAUGACUGCGAGGCAUUCCAGAAGGAACCACCGUCGGUUACUGAAUAUAAGGCCCUUGAGGAGCAUGCCGCCAAAGUAUUCACACCUGCUAAUUUCUACAUCCUCUGA